AUGGCAGGAGAUCAAAAAGGAGAACUCAGCAAGAAAGAUAAGUUUUUUCUUGAAGAAUUCACGGUCAUUCUGGAUAAAGUCUGCAAAGAUCAAAUGAGAAAAUUCAGACAAGACAUACAGCAGCAAAGGAAAAGCAGAUCAUCCAGAGAUGAGUACAAGAAAAAGGAGUUUGAUCAGAUGGACAGAAACCAGAAGCAUGCUGGAUUGAAAUUUCAAAUCCCUUCUUUCCUUGGGGAGGCUGAUCCUACUGCAUAUGUGGAAUGGGAAGAGAAGAUGGAGUUGAUUUUCAAAUGUCAAAGCUAUUCUGAAGUAAAGAAGAUUCAAAUAGCCACUGCUGAGUUUUAUGGUUAUGCUUCAAGCUGGUGGAAUCAAUUGGUGUCGUCUAGGAGACACUAUGGAAUAGAACCAGUUGCAACCUGGCUUAAAUUGAGGGCUUUGAUGCAUCAUAAGUAUGUUCCCAGACAGUACCACAAGGAAGUCCUUCAAAAGCAGUUUGAGGCAAGGCUAUGUUCUUCAAUCUUGGAUCGGAAACAACAAGGAAGCAUGAGAUCAACUCCAACCAGUGUCAUUAGUUUAUCUAGCAAAACAACAAACCGGGUCAGUAAGGAGGACAUCAAGGAGCUGUCUCAGUUGAUUAAGUACGUGGGGAAACCACUCAAGAGAACCAAUACAACACGACCAUUCAUUGAAGCACAACUGCAAGAACCAGUUACUACUGUCUCAGAACUCCAAGUUGAAGAACCGGUAUCAGAUGAACAUAUUCAAGAAGAUCAAGCCAAAGAAUCAUCACCUACCAUUCAGAAAGAAGAGCAACCAGUUCAGGACGUGAUGGUUCCUAUCAUUCAGGAUGUGAAAGAAGAGGAGGCUGAGGCCCUCAUGGAACCACAAUCAGACCGUGGACUGAAUCAACUGAUUGUCUUUGAUCUGUCUGAUUUCCAAAAGACAUUCUUGAGUACUUUUCUGAUCAGUCCCUUUGUUUGGAACAAGACCAGAGCAGUGGAGCUUUUAAGACACAAAUUGGGGAUGAAGCAAUUUGUAUUUGAGCCUGGAGGAGAGUUGUGUAAUCUCAGGAACAAGAACAAACUGAUUGAGAAAAAAUCAGCUACAUCAACAAUUGAUUUUGUUGACUUCUCAUCGUCUGAAGAUAAGGUGUUGCACGUCUCAUCUCAGCAAGACUUUCACUACAAAACCAAUUGUAGAAUGUUUACCACUCAGUCCUUGAUCCAACAAACCAGACCACGCAGUAAAUGGCCUCCUGAUCAUCAAGAUAUUGCCAAUUUUGCAAAACACAUCGAUUUGGAUCAAUUCCGAGAGAUGCUUAUAUCUGAUUGGGUUGGAAGGUUACAGACCUACUUGUGGAGACCUGGAGCAUAUGUAAGCAUAUUUAUCUUCCUUGAAGAGCACUCUGCCCGUGCUAGAAUCAUCUUGGGUUAUAAGGAGUUGGAAGCUGGUCAAAACGCCUUGCUUCUCGACCAUGUCAAGAUAUGGAAGCCACCAGAUAUGCAGCAGCUUCAGAACCAUUACAAAGAUUAUCAAACCAUGAGUGGAGGUUGA